AUGGAGGAGAAGACGUAUCCUCAAUAUGACGACCUUAAUUACGACGACCUUAUGACAGCUUUUAGUAGGUUAGAUACAAGGGUGAAGGGAGAGGCUAUGUAUGGUGAUGACCCUAUAGUAAUAACCAAUCUUAAAAGUGAACUAGACUAUGUAAAGAAUCUUAUGAAGCACCGUGAAAUAGUUUCUAACCUUAGAGAAUCCCUGGAUGAAAUUGAAGGACUUAGAAAGCAGGAAACAACCUUUACUGAGGGUAAUGAUGGUAUAGUGGACAUUUCAGGAAGCGAAACCCCCCUAAGAGUUGCAUUUGUAGGAGACCCAAACAAUGUACUUCCAGAUGUGCUAGAUGCAUUCAACGAAUCAUUUGACGCUGACUGGGAUGAAAUAGAAGCCCGCCUAGAGAAACUGAAAAAGUUCUCAGAAGACCGGCUCACAGCAAAUAAAAAGAGAGAUUUUGAAAACCAGGUGGAGCGUGUUCAAGCUGUCGCGAGAGUUAUCAAGGGUAAGGAGGGACUAGUACUAGACCCAAAGAAUAAAUACGUCAGAGAACUCAUCAAACGAUCAUCUGUAAGAACACUCAAGGAUGGCACAGAGGUGUUGGUAUUUAGAAGUGAACAAGGUAUUGACAAAAGUGGCACACAAAUAAUGAAACGUGGUAAGACCAAGAAUCUAGUGUACUCAAAGGACUCACCUGCUCUGAGAGAAUAUAAGAACCUUAUAAAGAAAAUAAAAGAGGUACCUACGAAUCCUGACAAUAUAAUUGGAAGUGAUGAGGAAACCAGAGAAAUACCUCAAUUUGAUGAAAGUAGUGAGGAAUACGCUGACCGUGAGAACAUAGAGUUAAUAGACAUAAGUGCACAAUUAGGAGACCUUCCAGGGCUAACAAUGCAAGAAAACAACGAACUGAGAGGUGUUCUUAACCCACCUGAUGGAUCAAGUAUAGAAGGUAGAACAGGUCCCAAUGGAGUAUUGCAGGUUCAGGCUGACUACUUUAAUGAAGCUAUUGGUGAAACUGUGGAACGCUCCACCUCAGCGGAAGGUACAACUGAGUAUAAUUCCCUUAUAGAAAGAAUUGACAGUUUGAAGGAAGCUAGAGAUCGAACCCUGGAACAAAGAACAGUAGAGGAAGCAAGAGAGGCACAGUUGGAAGAUAUUUCCAGAUUACGCAGAUUUGUGAAAUGGUUAGGGGAGGAAAAGGUGGGACUUGUAGGGAUAGCAGUGUCAACAGCUAGUUUAAUUACAGCCUUACUAAUCCAUGCUGGGGGAGCCAUUGUGAAGACAGCAAAGGUCACUGGUAAAGUAGCAAAAGCAUUAGCAAAUUUAGCAAAGAAAGCAGGACCAAUUCUAGUUCCAAUCCUGAACACCAUUGCAACGGCGCUGUCGUGGGGAGCCAAAGGAAUUACCUGGUUAGCGUCACACUUAUGGGUAUUAGCUAUAGCUGCAGCCUUAAUGGUAUACAACUAUUACACAAAGUAAAUUAGCUAUGGAGGAACACCAAGAGGAAUAUGAUGACCAGAAAAUGGAGGAGUUGAAUGAAAAGUAUCCAAACUAUGAAGAAAUGGAUAUAGAAACUUUAGAUAGCAAAUUACCGUACCUUGACAAGGAUCUUAGGGAAAGCGAAACUACUGAGGAGACCCAGGAUAUUAACGAGGAAAUUAAUUACGUACAGGAACUGAGGAGGAGAAAAAUGUUAAGUGAAGACCUUACGAGAGAGCAAUUAGCUGAGAAAUUCCCCGACCUAUCUAAUCUGUCAUACGAUGAUCUAAUGGAUAGGAGAGACAGACUGUUAAAUGAAAUAAUACUAUCCAAUUUGGACGAAGACAGUUUCAAAGAAAAGUCGGAAGAACUGAGAUACGUCAGAAUGCUAUCAAAUGAUUACCAAAGAGAGUCAAACUUAAAUAAACUUCUCAACUUAAGAGAUAAGGUGAAAAAGAGGGAUCUCAUUAAACGGGAUGAUCGUAGGAGACUACAGAGGCUCAGGUUAUGGGCAAGGGAGAAUGCAGGCAUCUUAUCAGCUGUUCUAAUUUCCUCAUCAGCUGUAAUCAUAGGACUGGUAGCAUCAACUAGAAACAUAUUGUGGAAAGUAGGUGACACAACAGAAAAGCUUGAUAAGCGGAUCAGUGAGCUGGUAAACAACCAGGUAGAACUACCACCUGUAUUCCAGAAGAUAGCCGAUGGAGUAGAGUUAGCAGCGGAUAAUAUAUGGGUAAUCAUUGUAUGUGCAGCAGUAGUUUUACUAUACAAAUACAACUAA